AGUCCGACCUCCGUCAGUCAGUUGAUGUUUGAGAUCUUAGUGGUAUUGAGCGCAUUGAGUUAUUGCGAAUUGUUUUAGAACUUUUGAAUAAUUUUUUAUAAGAAUUUACUAAGAGAAGUAUAUGUUAAAAUACAAUAAUUAUUGCCUUCCAUAUGUGCGAAUGCCUCCAGUUAUUUAAUAUAAGUUUGUGCAAGUUAAAUAUUUUACUCCGGAUGAUUGUGCUGUGACUUCAUAACUUGUUUUAUAUCAAAACAUUUGUUUUUCAAACAUUUAUAUUACAACUCCACACGUAUCUCGGUUGUUCAGUGAAUUGUUAUAUAGCCUUGGCUAAAAUUUUUGUAAUAUUACUCACUGUGUUUUGAAGACUGGUGUCAACAUGAAAAAUGUGCUUAGAUUGUUGAGGACGAACUGUGGCUAUUUUCUCAUAGUGUUAUCUCAGUUACGGUGCAGUACUUGAGUACUAAGUAGGUUAAGAGAGGGACAGAGAAUGAGGGGGCAGAGGUAAAGUAGUCAGGAAUCACCGUGGAGCACCUGGUGGGAGGCGGUGGCGCGGGCGGCUUGCUGCCCGGCGCUUCGCCCGCCCAGCACCCGCCCAACAUGCUGCAGCCCAUGGAAGAAAUGAUUCUUCCACCCAAACGACAAGCUGUUGUUGAUCGCUUAAGACGAAGAAUAGAGACGUACAGGCGGCGGCAGUCGGAGUGCGUGCCGAGGUUCGACCAGUCGUUCAGCGGGGCCUGCGAGCAGCAGAACCUUGAGACGAAUGCGCUGCAGAAGAGGUUCCUGGAGGGGAAGGCCAAGAGACAGGCCAAGAAGACGGACCGGAAGCCCGAGCUGGCCGCGAUCAGCAGCAACCUGCACAGCAGUCUCCAUGUGAGCUGUCAACAAAAGUUCGGUUGUGUCGACUACGAGCCUCCGGCUAAGAUACAAUGCGGGGGCGGAGGGGGCGCGUCCGCCGGCCCCGGGGAGGGCCUCACCAAGUUCUCGGUGGAGAUCGUGCAGCAGCUGGAGUUCACCACGUCCGCCGCCGACUCUCAGCCGCAGCAGAUAUCCACCAACGUGACGGUGAAGGCCCUCGCCAACGCCGUCAAGACGUCGGGCUCCCCGCCACCGCCGCCGCAGCCCGCCCAGCCCUCGCAGCCGCCCCGGAUGCCCUCGCCCCUGGACUGCGAGCGGGAGUGCAAGGCGGAGUGCAAGUCCGAGGCGGCCGACGACGAGUUCGUGGGGCUGGACGAGUGCGCCGCCGCUCUCGAGAGGGACGCCGCCUCCGCCUUCCCGGGCCUGGCCGACCUCAUAGGGGAGGACGACGGAGACGACGCCUUCGAGUAUCUCAUCACCGAGAUCUCCGAGUAUCCGGAGCUCAUGAAGGACUUCGACCUGGACGGCGGGAAGACCAACGGGGGCGGCGGACCGGGGGCCGAGCCGCCACGGCCUUAUGGGGAGAUGUCGCCCGCGGCGCAGACCCUCAAACACAUGGCGGAGCAGCAUCAGCAGGCGGCCGGCGGGGACUGGGCGCGGUUCCGCGGGUACAACUACCGCCCGCGGCCGCCGCCUCCCGCACUCGAACACCUGCACAUGACGCAGCAGCAGCAGAUGCACCUCUCGCAGCCUCACAACCUUCAGGUGUCGGCGGCCCAGCACAUGCAGGUGAGCUCGGCCGGAGGGCUGUCAGUGGCCGCGCAGCAGGGCAUGUACGCCGGGUACAGUCACCAGGCGCCGUCACCGUCGCCGCACCAUCAAGGUAACAGCUGCGAUUCGUAUUCCGUGUCCCAGUCGCAGAGCAUCAAGUUCAGUCCGUCUAUGAGGCCCCGCGCCGCGCCCCCGCAGCAGACCAACACGGGCCCGGCACAGGGGCAACCUCUCGGUAUAGCGGCGGCGGGGAUUUCCCGCGAGCAGCAGGCCAAGAUGCUCCAACAGCAGCAGCAGCAGAUGCUGCGCGCCCAGCAGCAACAGAUGCGUCCUCCCCCGCCGGAGUACAAGGCCAGAUUCGCGGCCCGCCGGCCUGCACCCGCUCCCGCGCCCGCGCCCCGGGCCUUCGCCCCUCACGGCCGCCAGUACCCGCCCGACUGGAGGCACGUCCUCAUACAGCAGCAGAACGCGCGCCAACAGUUUCCGCACCAUCUCCAAGGAGGCAAUUUCAACAUGGGCGGCAUGGGCGGUAUGGGUGGCGUGGGCAACAUGGGCAACGUUGGCGGCGUGAACACCAGCAUGGCGCAGCAGCAACAGAUGCAACUCCAGCAGGCGAGACUGCAGCAGCAGCAACAGCAGCUGAUGCAGCAUCAACAGCAGAGAACGUCGAGCCAGCAGCAGUCGUCCAUGUCGCAGCUGAUGAUGCAGCAGAACCAGGUGAUGACCGUCCAGGCACAGCAGAUGCCGAACAUCCACAUGUCCCAGUCCCAGAGCAUGAGCAUGGCGGGCAUGUCCAUGCCCCACAACGCGCACGCGGGCCACGGCGGGACGCACGCGGGGCACGGGACGGGACAUACGGGCCACGCGGCGCAUGCGCAGGCCGCCCCGAUGCACUUCCCCGGGCUGCAGGCGGGCGGGUCGUUCGCGGGGCAGGCGGCCGACUUCAACCUGGACUUCCUGGACAGCAUGCCGUCCACGGACGCCAGCAGCCUCACCGCCCAGGAGCUGCUCAACUCCCUCGACAACUCCUUCCUGAGCGACAUCCUGUAGACUCCGGGCGCUCUCUCUCUCUCUCUCCGCUGACGUCAUCGUCUCGAGGAAUUAGCACAAAACACAUUUCCAUAGUUUUAUUUACAAUCAAUUUAUUUAUCGCCGGACGAGACGCGGCAGUGUGCGGGUGGACUUGGUCACUCGUCGCCGAGCCUCCGGUGCGGGCGUGCGCGGCCCGGCGCGGCCCGGGCGCGUCGCCGUGGUUAGGUCGUUCACAGAGACUGAGUUCCGAAGCCGGCUCCACCGGAGUGCGGUGUGUGUGUAUAUUACUUUAUUUAUAGUUGAAAUGUAAAUGUUUAUUAUUGAGGUAAUCGUGAGGUCGUUUCCGUACCUAAGACGUAGCAGCCACACUGUGAUGUCGGCCUCGGCCGUCUCUAGCAUAGUGAAUAGAAUCAAUUAUUACGAAACAGAAUAUCGUCAUGGCGGAGGCUCUCGGAACGCGGGUUCCGUAGCAGUCCAGCGACGAUCCGGACGAGGAGGACGAUUUUGUUAUUUAUACCCGAAACUGAAUGGACGUAGAGCGCGCGGCUCGCGGGCGCUCCGGAGCGAGCCCGAGGCGGCCGUGACCGAGUGUAACAUUCCAAAGCCAUUGUUAACAAUGUUUUUAACUUUAGGACCAAUUUUUGAAUGUUCUUUUGAAAAUAAUAUUACAUAUUGA